AUGAAGUUCUCUACCGUGCUCUCUCUUUUCAUCUCUGGCGCAGCCAUUGCUUCGGCCCUCCCUUCCUCCGCCGAGACUGUGGAGGCCGACUGUAUCAAGCCAUACCUGUGCUGUGGCGAGCUCAAAACGCCUCUUGAUUCUACUGUUGAUCCGAUUUUGGAGGAGUUAGGAAUCAACGCCGCAAGCAUUGUUGGUUCCAUUGGCCUGGCCUGUAUGUCCCCAUCUACCACGCGUGCAUUUGCCAUGCCUGGGACGACUCGUGCAAAACUGCACCCAAGUGCUGCACUGAAGCUAAUCUCUUGGGUGGCACAAUUGCUCUUGGAUGCUCAGACCUCGUCACCAUCAAUGCGGAUGGAGCGGUUGUGCUGUACAUCUGGGGCACUCAUUUCAAUCCUCACGAAUAACGCCACUGAUAUUCUAGAGUUUGCAAACGAGAUCACCGCGUCAGGCCUGAUACCUCCCAGAGUACUGGCAUGCCUGGAUGGCUACGCCACUAUUGACCUCAAUUCAACUCACCAUAACAACCCAUCCUCAGAGAACUUGAGCAUAUACCCAUACAAAGCAAAGAGUGAUGCGCCUUACUCCAUUGCGGAACAUACUCUCCGGGUUGCAAUUCACAUUCCUAGAUCAUUCUCACACAAACAGGACAAGAAAAUACCGGUGCUUACCCGAAACGCUGAAUCUGUCGCCUAUGCGCUCAAUUGUGUCUCGGCCUUGACAUCAUCUAAGAUUGCAGUGAUUUCUUGGUCCCAAGGUGCACUGGAUAUUCAGUGGGCACUGAAGUACUGGCCAUCUACCCGAAACGUAGUAAGCGACUUCAUUGCUAUCAGCCCCGACUUUCCAUGGAACAAUACUCAGGUGACUGGCAUGCCCCAAAGGGGGAGACUCUGCGUAUGUUCCCACGACCACCAUUUACUCUUCAUUCGACAAGGUCGUGAGACCCAUGAGUGGAGGAAUGCUUCCGCUCGGCUACUGGACUAUAGGGGAGUGGGCGUGUCCAAUAACCAGUUACAGACCAUCUGCGCAAAUAAGACCGCUGGUGGCUUCUAUACGUAUGAAGGAGUGUUGUACAACCCUCUUGCAUGGGCCCUUACUGUUGACGCACUCCGUCACGAUGGGCCAGGCAAUAUUACGCGAAUCAACACCCAGAAGCUCCCACAAGUUAGGGCGUUGAAGUUCGAUAUCACCUAUCAUGAUCGCGACUCGACUCUCAUCUGGGCUGGGUCGUGCCUGUAUGACAACCGCAAUAUAUUCGAUUUCAAAGCGGUGCCUAACAUUGAUGGCGGCUCUCACUUGUCAUUCAUCUUGCAGCAUGCAUAUAGGAACAAUGACGAUGAUAAGGGGACCGGAUAUGUCUUGGAUCAGCAUUAUGAAACGGAGAAAGUCGUUCCGGUGACCAAUGAUCUCGGCGCAUUCAACAUGCACGAAUUUAACAUCCUCGACGGCGGGAUGACGGCUUUGGCGUGUGCAUAUCGAAACAAGUACAUGAGCCUGGGUGACAUUGGUCGUCCCGAUGAGUACGGUUGGGUUGUCACAGGUGGUUUUGUUGAACUGGAUACGGCUACGGGUGAGGUACUUUUUGAAUGGGAUUCAGAAGGCUACAUCCCUAUCGAUGAAUCUGUGAAAGUGGGCCCAUCGACACCAGCUUCUGGUGAGCCUGGCUGGGAUUACAUUCAUGUUAACGCGGUCGAUAAGAAUGCUGCGGGAGACUAUAUCCUCUCAGCCCGGUUCACGAGCACUAUCUACCUCAUAUCCGGGCAGGACAAAAGUAUUAUCUGGCGGCUUGGUGGGGAAAAGUCUGAUUUCGUCCAAGACUUCACAUUCUCCAAGCAACACCAUGUUCGCUUUGUCGAAUCUAACGCCACACACACGACCAUCUCGUUCCUCAACAACGCUUCGGACGAGGUCGAACAGGAAGAAGACACCUCCGCUGCCCUCAUCGUGCAACUCCACACCAGUGUUUCCCCGAUGACUGCGAAGGUCAUUGAGCGAUACAACCGUCCUGACGGAGACCUUACUCGGCUGCGCGGAAGCGUGCAAAAGCUGCCCAAUGGGAAUGUCUUCGUUGGCUGGAGUGAACGAGGAUAUCAAUCUGAGCACUCCCCCUACGGCAAGCUCCUUAUGGAAGCUAGGUUUGCUUCCUCUCGCUUCUCCACCUACCGAUCGUACAAAUUCGACUUCACUGGUCGGCCCAGUGCCCCGCCGGACGUGGUCUCGUCCGUCUAUGGAACAGACGAAACCGAUCUCACUACCAUUUUCCACGUGAGCUGGAACGGUGCGACGGAUGUUACUUCGUGGAAUUUCUACGCACGGGUGAACCAAGACGGGAUGCCUGUGCUCAUAGGCAACACCACCAAACUCGACUUCGAGACGAUGUACAUUGUGGAUGGUUACCUGGAUUGGGUCUCAGUGGAAGCAGUGGAUGAGGACGGAAACGUCCUGGGUGCCUCCAAGAUUCAACGGACCGAAACCCCGAGUAACUGGCGACUUGCCGGGUUCCAAGGCGACAUCAUGCCAGCACCCCACGACCCAUCGAUUCUCUAUGGGGACAGAACCAUUGCCGAUAACGACGAUGACGAUACGGAAGACACUGAAGAAGUCUACUUGAAGGCUCAGAAAGCGGCCGAAACCAUCUACAAGGCAUGGGAGGUCAUCCGUGGGGUCGGAGGCCUUCUCAUCCUCGUUCUAUUUCUAUGCUCUACAGGCGGGCUCCUGGCGGGUAUGUACUGUUAUUUCCGGCGGCGCAAUAUGCAGGCAUACCACCAGGUUGCUUCCGAGGAAGGCCAGCCAUUAAACGAACGCUCUAUCUGACUGUGAUCCUGUCACCACGAAAGGAAAAGAGAAACCAUAUCUUUCGCGCAAGCUUAGAAGUUUGUAUACACGGCAUAUUGCAAAGCGUCAAUUGCAUACCUCUGGAGUUGUAUAUUUCGAAUAUUGUAUCUUGUAAUCUGUCCC